AUGUUACUCAGAAUUUAUGAAAUUUAUGAUUCAAGAAAUCAACAGUUCCGUCUUCAAAACCACUCGGUAAAAUCUGAAAUUUGGCUACCGACUUCACGGAGUCGACGAAAUUCAAUUGCCGUUUUCGAGCAUAUUAGGCCCAGACUAUCUUUUUCUACCUACCACAAACGUUACGACUUCACGUACAGACGUACAGUCAGUUGGAGUAAAAACGGUGGGCGAGGUGCGAACGUUUCGAUUGGUGCGUCGACGUUGCCACAAUGGUAUUUUAAUUUUAAAACGGCGAUGGAUUCUGAACGGACUGCAGACCGAGAAGCUGUUCGAAUUUUAAUCGGUGAGACUCAACUGUGA